GUAUUUUUACCCAACGUUGAACUUAAAAAAAGAAAAAUAAUGAUCAAGAUAAUUUGUUCUUUUUUGGAGUCGGUUUCAAACUUUCAGUUCUAGAGUAAACAAUGGAAACGUGUACUAAGGGUAACUUGACAACUUAUUGAAUAUCAUUAUCUAUCAAAUGACAUAACUCAUAUUUAUGUAUUGAAAUGAUGCGGUUCGCUGAUUUUCUCUGUAUGAAUCUCACAAUUGAAUUCAAAGACUGGAUUUCUUGCAAAUUAUAAUAUGAUGGAAUGAAAAUAUCACUCACCCGAUAUAAAGACAGUCAUUGUAAGGUCGUAUGUCCACACGAUCUGAUUAACGAACGACUUCAGAAUUGAGGUCGUCUAUUUAAGGCGGGCCAAAAGCGAAUUCAUUAAGCCCAUUCAGAUUUAUCGUUGAUCAAAUAUUACAAAAGAUACGAUCCACACGGAGACAGAUAUUCGGCAAUGACCUCACUAUUAUUUGAUUUGAAUGUGCAAUGCGAUUUGUGUUUAUAUAAAUCAUGUGCGAACGACCGCGACACACUCUCGUGCUCUUAUAAAAGACGACAAAUUAAUCUAUUUUACUCGUGAAUGAAGCGGCUGCAAUGAGAAGUAUUCUACCGGUUUUAAUAUGGUUACGGUGUUCCUGAAUGUUUUGUUUAAAACUAUAUAUAUCGUAAAACGGUCUAAUAUCGUAAUAAAUUUAAAUUAUACAUAUAACAAUAUAUAUCGUCUGUAGUAUACAUUCACAAUACGUACAGUACUGGCACACGUACGUUUUGAAAUAAGAAUUAAUGUCAAAGAGACAUUUGAUGUAAUCAGGAAAUACAAAAAUACAACAUAUUUAAUUUUUUUUUCUAACGGUUUAUUGUGUAAAAUGAAAUUAAAAUAAUAAUGUAACAUUAAUUUCAUUAUAAUUAUAAAAACGCAAUCAAAAAUGCCGGACUUUAUGAUAUACUAAUAGUGCGUCGGAGUGAUCCCGUUGAACAAAUGUGUCGGUUUAUUGUCAUCGGAACCGAUUUAUGAACUAUUUCGUUAACGUUGAACAGAUUUCACACAAAAUGCUUAGUUAUUAUGAUAAAUACUUAGGAGAACAAUAAUGGAAAAUGACCCUAGUAAGAAAGAGUCAAAAGGGAAACGGAUAUUAAAGAAGGCAUUACGGAGGAACAGUAAGUCGAGCAACAACAGUCAGAGCUCACCGCUCGACCUCAGCAUUGGGUCGCGAUCCAAGAGUUUCGAGAAUAAACGCGCGUCUAUCGAAAUAAACGACAGCACGCCGCUACCGACGCCGGACGGCACUAGCGAGAUAGCCGAACACAGCCGCGGACGAUUGGCACCGAAGGUCAAAGCGGAAGAAGAUGUCAGGCCGGCGAAGAAGACGGUAGACAUAAACGAAACACGGAACACCGUACAGGACGAGGAACCGGCGGCCAGUGUUGACGUAGACGGUAGUAAAAAGAAUCUGAAACGGAAAUUCGAAGAGGAGAGUGGAGCGGGCACCAGCGGCGCUAGCACGGGGGCCUCCGACACGGACGCUGACGACAAAGACCCCAGCAAGGACAAAAAGAAAAAGAAUAGAUGUGCCGUCUGCCGCAAGAAGGUCGGACUCACAGGUUUCGAGUGCCGCUGCGGAGGUCUGUUCUGCGCCGUUCAUCGAUACAGCGACAAGCACGAGUGCUCGUUCGACUACCGGGAGCUCGGCGCGCAGGAGAUCCGACGCAACAAUCCAGUCGUCGUCUCGCAGAAGAUACACAAGAUAUGAGCCUACCUCCCAUCCCCAUCCCUUCCCCUCCCCCAGCCUACCCCGUCCCAUCUAUCCCACCCCUACCGCCAUCCCUCCCCUCCAGUCCACCGGCACGUCGGUAUUCGUUGUUUAAAUAAACUGUAGAUCGAGCCUGUGUCUCUUAUUUUGCUUAACGAUAUAUAACAUGUAUUGAUAACGAACAGACAGAGACUCGAUCACUUAUUAUGUUUAGAUUGAUUUGUGGCGAGAAUUUUUGCUUUUAAAAGAGAUUGGGCGUUUGUUGCAUCACGUCGCCGGCCGCUGAUGAAGUAUCACUCGAACUAGUAAUGAAUACUCUGCUUGAUAGCGGUCGUGACGCUAUCACAGAGGCUAGUUUUGUUAGUCCACAGCAGUUAGGUCACCCUGUAUUUGAGUGCUUUGAUAAAUGUGUAGCGCGUCCCGAUGCUAUUGACGGAACCAAUUGAUUGAUUGUCGUUGUCGUUUCAACUUUCUCCUGACUCACUUUAUUGAAGCCGAAAUAUCGGUGUGAUUAUAAUUUGUUUUAAAUUGUUUUGUUGUCUUUCUAUAUCUCAUUUGAUCUUCAUUCGUGCCGUCGACCGGACCGAACUAUACAAUGUGCUCAAUCUCGUUUUUAUUAAAGUUGUAGAUAAUGUUCUUUUGGGUAGGAAUUUCAUGAUUUUUUUUUGAGAUAAUAAGUAGAGUUUUGAAUAUGUCCAUUCACCUCCAUUGUAAAUAUUAGUUAUAAUUAAUUAUAGAAACAAAUCCUAUAUAUUGUAAAAAAGUAAAACUCCAAAAAAAGCUACAUUGUUACGAUUCCAACGGAGAGCCUAGCGUGCUUGAAUAUCGACAUAACAAUUGUACGCUGUCGCUCAACGAGUGGGAGUGGCUCGUCCCUCCGUCAUAUAUUUGCCUAGUUGUAAAUUGUACAGAUGUUACGCUGCUCACGAGACUCGUGUUUUGAUGAUAACGAAAACACAAGACAUACAUACAAACAUACCGCGACCACGACACUACUCACUCGCGCACACUCUGGAUUAGACGUCCUAUACAAAUUGUUAGUACUUUAAUUUCGGUUUGGGAAAUCGUCGCUUCUUUGUCUAACAUUCGACAUGAGUGACCUAGAGUUAGCGAGAUUGUGGUGUUUAUCAACGUAAGGUGAACGCGUGAGGGAACCGCGCUGCGACUGUCGCGUCGCGUCGCGUCGCAGUCGCAGCGCCCCCUCGUUCCGCUCUUUGUGUGAAAUUUUAAGUAAGCGAUAGUUAUACAUUUAUAAGUAGUGGACACUUUAUAUUAUUACACAUUAUAUAAGUAGGAAAGAAUUAUUUAGCUUUUUUUUCUUUUAUUCACAAUAUUAUUCAAAAAUUGUAAGUUGUAUUAUGUAACUUGUUCAUUUUAGUGAAGUUUAAAGUAUGAUACAUUUACAGCUACGGUCGUCCGCAGUAGACUAACUGAUUGGUUGGACUUAAUUAUUUAAUGACUUUUGUUGUAUAUUUUGUUAGGUCAUUGAUUAAUUUUGUUCUUUUUGCUUGAACAUAAUCAGAUAAAAAUAUGUUAAUAAUGAUGAUUUUUUCUUCUAUCUUGCUGUUUUAAUUUAGUUAUUCUUCUAUUAAAGUCAUUAAAUUUCCAGGAACAUA